CCGGGUAGUGAGGGGGUUUGACUUCACACCGCUCGCUUACUCCAGCCACCAAAGGAGGAGGACGGAUCCCGGCUGCUCAGCUCCUCCUUGUGCGCGUGAUGGCGAGCCUUCUGCGUGCGGUAGCCACCAGCUGCUCUUCCCCGCUACUCAGCGGGGCGGCCUCGGCGGCCGGCCUCAAGCUUCAGGCGGUCAGGAGCGUCCGCAAGCCCUGCCUGCGCUUCUUCCGGACCCAGCAGUCUCUCUUCUGCGCAGCCAACCCAGGUAUUCCGUAUAAACAGCUGACAGUGGGCGUUCCCAAGGAGGUGUUCCAGAAUGAGCGUCGCGUUGCCAUCUCCCCCGCGGGGGUGCAGGCGCUCAUCAAGCAGGGCUUCAAUGUGGUGGUGGAGUCCGGCGCCGGGGACUCGGCCAAGUUCCCCGACGAGAUGUACACCCAGGCCGGUGCCACCAUCAAGGACGCCAAGGAGGUGUUCGCCUCCGACAUGCUGCUCAAGGUCCGUGCCCCCCUGUCGAACGAGCUGGAGCUGAUGAAGGAGGGUGCCACGCUGAUCAGCUUCAUCUACCCGGCGCAGAACGCAGAGCUCAUGGAGCAGCUGGCCCAGAAGAAGGCCACCGUGCUGGCCAUGGACCAGGUGCCCAGGGUCACCAUCGCCCAGGGCUACGACGCUCUCAGCUCCAUGGCCAACAUCGCAGGGUACAAAGCUGUGGUGCUGGCAGCCAACAACUUCGGACGAUUCUUCACCGGCCAGAUCACUGCAGCUGGGAAGGUUCCCCCUGCAAAGGUGCUGAUCAUUGGAGGUGGAGUGGCUGGAUUGGCUGCUGCUGGUACCGCCAGGGCUAUGGGUGCCAUCGUCAGAGGCUUCGACACCAGAGCGGCUGCGUUGGAGCAGUUCAAGUCGCUGGGUGCGGAGCCCCUGGAGGUGAUGCUCAAGGAGUCGGGCGAGGGCCAGGGCGGCUACGCCAAGGAGAUGUCCAAGGAGUUCAUCGAGGAAGAGAUGAAGCUCUUCGCCAAGCAGUGUCUGGACGUGGACAUCGUCAUCAGCACAGCUCUUAUCCCCGGUCGCCGGGCGCCCAUCCUGAUCACUAAGGACAUGGUGGAGAGCAUGAAGGACGGCUCCGUGGUGGUGGACCUGGCGGCCGAGGCCGGAGGCAACAUCGAGACCACCGUCCCUGGAGAACUGUCUGUCCACAAGGGUGUGACCCAUGUGGGCUUCACAGACCUCCCCAGUCGGCUGCCCACCCAGUCCAGUACCCUGUACUCCAACAACAUGACCAAGCUGAUCCGCGCCAUCAGCCCCGGCACGGAGAACUUCCACCUGGACGUCAAGGAGGCUUUCGACUACGGCACCAUGGACCACGUCGUGCGCGGAUCCAUCGUCAUGCAGGAUGGGAAAGUGCUCUUCCCUGCACCGCAGCCCAACAAUGUGCCGGUGGCCGCGCCACCUAAACCGAAGUCUGUCCAGGAGCUCGCGAAGGAGAAGCAAUCAGCAGUCUCCCCCUUCACCGCCACGCUCACCACGGCUGGAGUCUACUCCGGAGGGUUUGGCACCCUCCUGGGGCUGGGUCUGUGUGCCCCCAACGCCGCCUUCACCCAGAUGGUCACCACCUUUGGCCUGGCAGGCAUCGUGGGAUACCACACGGUGUGGGGCGUCACGCCAGCCCUGCACUCGCCACUCAUGUCCGUCACCAACGCCAUCUCCGGGCUGACUGCUGUGGGGGGGCUGUCCCUCAUGGGAGGCGGUUACACCCCCACCAACACCGCCGAGACCCUGGCUGUGCUGGCCGCUUUCAUCUCCUCUGUCAACAUCGCUGGUGGCUUCCUGGUGACCAAGAAGAUGUUGGACAUGUUCAAGAGGCCCACCGACCCCCCGGAGUACAACUACCUGUACCUCCUGCCCACCGGCGUCUUCGUAGGGGGCUACGCCGCCGCCCUGCAGAGCGGAUACAACAUCGAACAGAUGAUGUACCUGGGCUCGGGCCUGUGCUGCGUCGGGGCCCUGGGUGGCCUGUCCAACCAGUCCACUGCACGUCUGGGCAACGCCCUGGGCAUGAUGGGGGUGGCAGGGGGCAUCGCCGCCGCCCUGGGAGCCCUCAAGCCCUCCCCUGAGCUCCUGGCACAGAUGAGCGCCGCAAUGGCUGUGGGUGGCACAGCUGGCCUGACAAUCGCCAAGCGCAUCCAGAUCACGGACCUGCCGCAGCUGGUGGCGGCCUUCCACAGCCUGGUGGGCAUGGCGGCGGUGCUGACCUGCGUGGCAGAGUACAUGGUGGAGUACCCGCACUUCGCCACCGACCCCGCCGCCAACCUCACCAAGAUCGUGGCCUACCUGGGCACCUACAUCGGAGGAGUCACCUUCAGCGGCUCCCUGGUGGCCUAUGGAAAACUCCAGGGUAUGCUGAACUCUGCCCCCCUGAUGCUCCCCGGGCGCCAUGCCCUGAACGCCACCCUGAUGGCGGCCAGCAUUGGAGGCAUGGUGCCCUACAUGCUGGAUCCCAGCUACACCACCGGCAUCACCUGCCUCGGCAGCGUCUCCGCCCUCUCCGCCAUCAUGGGCGUGACUCUGACGGCGGCCAUCGGUGGAGCGGACAUGCCGGUGGUGAUCACGGUGCUCAACAGCUACUCCGGCUGGGCGCUGUGUGCCGAGGGCUUCCUGCUCAACAACAACCUGCUCACCAUCGUCGGAGCCCUCAUCGGCUCCUCGGGAGCCAUCCUGUCCUACAUCAUGUGUGUGGCCAUGAACCGCUCGCUGGCCAACGUGAUCCUGGGCGGCUACGGCACCUCCUCCACCGGUACUGGCAAGCCCAUGGAGAUCACCGGCACACACACCGAGGUCAACGUGGACCAGAGCGUGGAGAUGAUCAAGGAGGCACAGAGCAUCAUCAUCGUCCCAGGUUAUGGUCUGUGCGCAGCCAAGGCUCAGUACCCCAUUGCUGAACUGGUGAAGAUGCUGACCGAAAUGGGCAAGAAAAUCAGGUUUGGCAUCCACCCGGUGGCAGGCCGUAUGCCAGGCCAGCUGAACGUGCUGCUGGCGGAGGCCGGAGUGCCCUACGACGUGGUGCUGGAGAUGGAGGAGCUCAACGACGACUUCCCCGAGACUGACUUGGUCUUGGUGAUCGGUGCCAAUGACACGGUGAACUCUGCUGCCCAGGAGGACCCCAACUCCAUCAUUGCUGGCAUGCCCGUGCUGGAGGUCUGGAAGUCCAAACAGGUUAUUGUGAUGAAGAGAUCGCUAGGAGUGGGCUACGCCGCUGUGGAUAACCCAGUCUUCUACAAGCCCAACACCUCCAUGCUUCUGGGUGACGCCAAGAAGACCUGCGAUGCCCUGGCUUCGAAAGUACGCGAGGGUUAGAGAAUAGCCCUCCGCUAAGCUGCGUCUCCCCCCCCCCCCAACAUCCAACAUCCUUCUCCAAUCCUCAUCCCUGCCAGUUGCUGUGGUAGACUGCUAGGUGUUAAGGCAGUGAGCUCUGUGAACAAGCCCUGUAGACGAGCAGUAAUUUCAGUAUAAUACUAGUCAACUGCCUGGCAGCGCGGUUAAGUUUCCUUAUUGUUUGGGUUGACUAGUUUAAUAGCAUUACGAGUAGAUGAUGACUUUAUUUGGAUUCAAGGGUUAACUAUUAUUUGUGUUUUAUUAUUUCUGUUUUCCUUCACCCAACCUUAAUUUACUUGGUUGACCUUAAAGUGUUUCCUUGUCAUGUAUUGUCUUUCUGCCUCAACCUCAAGGUUGAAUAGAAGACAGAAAAAAAACUAGCCGUGCCUAAGAAGAAAAAAGAGCUGCAUCUCCUACUUAUCCCACUCUUGUCAGGUCUCGUCAGCUUUUAUACAGUAGAUAGGUGUUUUUUAAUAAUAAUUAGACCCAGUCUAUCCUGUCGAUAUAUUUUUGUAGAUGCUGAUGUGGUGUUUGUAGGAUAAUGUACAGUACUUGGUGUCAAAAACACAGCCACAAAUGUACUCCUGCCUGCCUUCAUAACUAGCCCUUUCUUUUUGUUUUCUGUCCUAAUUUUUCUGUUCUGUUUAGUCAGUGUUUUGUGAACUUGCCCUGUUCUUGUGUGGCCGUGUCAAUUGGUUUUUGAGAAUGACAUGUCUGUGGGAAAAGGCAGGAACUCCACACACACACUGUUCCAGAUUUUUUCUUUUAAUUUUUUUCCUCUUCCAGUUCAAAUCUUUUCUUACCUCUAAUGCUGCAAGGAUUUGAAGGAUCAUGGCUGAUAUGAAGUCAAGCCAGGGUAAUUUAGCGCAGAAUUUGUAGUGCGAGUGUAGGGAUUAUUUAAAAGCGCAAGAAGGCUAAAAGAGAGAAAAAAAACAUGCCGCCCUUUGUGAUUUUUGUUAAGAUACGAGUGGUUCCCCGGGAACGUAUAAUUUCCUUUUCUCCAGUUAGCUCCACAGCAAGAUAACUGAUUGUAAUAAUAGAUGGACACAGGGAAGUCUGCCAUGCUUUUAUCUGUUUGCGCUUUUGCUUUCAGGUUGAUCGUCACACGCUUUUUCAUUUCUUUUCUUUUUUGUAAUUCACUGGGACCCAAAAACCAUACAUUGCCAAUAGAGAAUCUAGUACAUGACAACGUCCCUACCUCUUCAUAGAGAAACUCACAGCUGAAUUUACCGUCAUACUUAACAAAUAUUCAAUUUUUUGCCUCCAUUUUGUUUUGAUCCAUCUGCUAUCAUUAGCUUUAACAAGGGAAGCAUGGCUUGGUUGCAUCUUUUGGUGCAUCUGUGCUGUUGAAAGCCUGAGGUUUUAUUCCUCCAAAGUAAUCUCAAUGCAAUCGAACCGGACCAUAAACAAUGUAGACACCAAGAAGCAGCCUCUUUUUCAAAUUGUGUUAUCUCUUUCGCAGAUUUUGUAAAAGGAAAAUCAACUAAAAAGCAUUUGCUAAAUGAGUUUUUUUAAGAAAGCGACAGGUUUUUUGAAAUGAUGGUAUUUUGUAUUUUCCCUCCUCCAUUUCUGAUACAUUUUGUAUAAAAAGUUGCCCUAAUUGUACCGAACUGUAGAAUGUGGUUAACCCUGCCCACUGGCAUAUACAGUAUGCAGCAAUUAUGUGUGUGUGGGGUGGGGGAGAGGGUGUCCUGACAUUUCGUGCCAUGGUUUGUAAUGUUAUUGAAAUACUGUGAAAUGUCUCUACUCUCGAGUUUAUCAUGAAGCAUCACUCUUAAUAAAAAAAAAACCCUGAUGUGAA